GAGAAAAGAGGAGAGAAGAGGAAGAAGCUGAGUGACGUCACACGUUGUUGCUGCUGUACGACCCUUUACGUCGCGAGCUUCAUGUCUUUUUAAAAGCACACUUCUAAAUACAGGCAGGUCCCGAGUGUGUGUGGGGAUUAAAAUGAAAUAAACACACUCCCGCACAGUUAAGUGAUGCCAUAGACGAAGGAGGCAGAGCCCAGUCUUCUCCAUCAGGGAGGAGAGAGGUCUCCUCAGCAAUGGCCACUGAACUCCACGAGACCAUAUUCAUGGCCAAACAGGAGCGCCACAAGAACCUGUUCCUCAACUACAAGAACCUGAACAUCUUCCCCGUGGAGCUGCUGAAAGAUGAAGGCCUGCAGUAUCUGGAGAGACUGUACAUGAAGAGGAACUCGCUCACUACACUGCCUGACAAUCUUGCUCAGAAGCUCCCCAACCUAAUUGAACUGUAUUUGCACUCAAACAACAUAGUGAUUAUUCCUGAAGCUAUUGGAAACCUGGCCAGGCUGCAGUCCUUGGAUCUGAGCAGUAACGCCCUCCAGCUCCUCUGUCCAGAGAUUGGCCGACUGAGGUCCCUGCGGCACCUGAGACUGUCCAAUAACCAGCUGAAAUUCCUUCCUCCAGAGAUCGGUGAUCUGCAUGAACUGGAGACUCUGGACGUGUCCAUGAAUCAGCUGAUGUCUCUACCACAUCGUCUGCAUCGCUGUUUGUCUCUACAGAAUCUGACAGCCGACCACAACCUGCUGUGCCGUGUUCCCCGGCAGCUCUGCUGGCUCCACCGCCUCAACCAGCUCUCCAUGGCCGCCAACCGGCUGACCUUUCUACCGCUGGAUCUGGGCAGAUCGCGGGAGCUGCAGUUUGUUUUUGUGGACAAUAACGUGGACCUGAAAGGCCUCCCCUCAUACUUGUAUAACAAGGUCAUCGGCUGCAGCGGGUGCGGAGUGUCAUCGCAGGUGUUGGAGGGCGACCUGAGAGAGGUCCCGGGUAAGGCGCUGAGUCAAGCUCUGGUCGGGUUAUCAGCUGAAGUGAAGGUGGUUGGCUCAGAGACGGAGAACGUGGUUCCCCUGGAGGAGCUCGCCAUGAGGACACUGCACCGCAUCUACCACCACCGGCCAACAGACCCGAACUUGCUGCCUCCCAUCACCCUCCCAAAGAGCCUCCUGGACCUGCUGCAGUUCCCCCUGGGUCACUGUCACCGCUGCAGCCAGGCCAUGUUCACCAUCAUCUACCCCAAACUAUUCCCCCUCCGUGACACCGCCCUGGCAGGAGUGCACCGCAGGACGACUGUGAGUUUUGUGGCCUAUUGCUGCUCCAGUCACUGCCUCCGGACUUUUGACCUCCAGGGUUGAAUUCCCUUUAUUCGCCCUUUUACACAUUCGAUGAAGAAGCUGUUGACUGGGUGUCCAGCAGGUGUCAGAUAAAGAGCUUGUUGUUUGUGUGGAUCUUGAAUCAGUGUGCUGCCACAGGGCAGGAAGUCUGUGCUUGAAACAAAGAACCACAGAUUUGCAGCGUCUGGGGAUGUUUGAUGGAUCAGAUCAUGGACACAGGGCUCGUUCUGCAGCGUUUCAACAUGGUAGACAAAGACUCAAACCUACAUGGAGCUUCUGUCGGGAGUCAAACUUGAACGAUUGCACCGCUGUGUGUGUGUGUGUGUGUGUGUGUGUGUGUGUGUGUGUGUGUGUGUGUGUGUGUGUGUGUGUGUGUGUGUGUGUGUGUGUGUGUGUGUGUGUGUGUGUGUGUGUGUGUGUGUGUGUGUGUGUGUGUGUGUGUGGUGAGGGUCAACAUAAUAACUACUGUGUGAGGGCUGUGCACCACUGGGCUUCUGUCUAGAAACUAACAGUAUUAUACCUAAUGUAACUCACAAAUGGGCACUUUUUAAGAACAAGCACUGUUUGAUAUUUGUGAAAUCAGUAACUUCUCACACAGGCAUCCCAUGUGUGUGAUUGGGGAGUCAAUUCAUAUUAUUAAUAUGGUUCAUUUGACUGAUUACUCAGGACUAUUUGAAGGCUUAUAAUUUAAAAUAAUAUGCAUCUGUGUGAUAUGUGUAAUUUACAGCAGCGGAGAAGAACCUACCACAUUAACUUUCCUAGAGAAGCCAUGUGUCUUUGAGCAUGUGACACUCGUCUCACAGUGACAUCUGAAUUUAUACACUCUGUCAACAUGACACAUUUCAUGAGAUCAGACUUAUGGUCGUCAGUGUGACUUUAUUUCUAAAAUCUUGUCUCCAGUCAAUAAGAUGAGCCAAGGAUUGGUUUCACAUAUUUGUUAAACGGAUACCAGAAUGUUGUCAGUUCUUUUCUAAGGCAGGUAUCCAUUUUUAAAUGAUGGCUGGUUUUGGAGAAAAAAGUAAAUAUGUCAUUUAUAUUUUAAAAACAAAUUUUUCCAUUACCAGCAUUUAAAUUUAAUAUCAGUGUAAAAUUUCAGGAUUCCACAUAGAUUCUUCAGAGGCACCGUUCGAUUCUCUCGUUGGACUGACGCCUGAGUGUUGAUAUUCAUGACUAUGUUGUACAGUGUAAGUUUUGUUUUGAUUGUGUUGCUUUUGGCAGUAAAUGUUGACCGAUGUU